AUGGAAAGCCUAAUUGCUUCGAAUAUUGAUGCAUUGUUGCAUUUCUUAUUUCCAAAUGAUUGUUAUGAACUCGUGCUACUAAAGUACAAGUUCGUUCAUCAGGAAUGUUUGUCGAUGUUUAUAUCGAGAUUGCUGGGAAUAGGCAUCACAUAUACAUCGUUAAUAUUAUUUUUGCCUCAAAUUUUGAAAAUUCAACUUGCACGAUCUGGUAAAGGGAUUUCGCUGUUAUCACAGUUACUUGGAUUAUUUCCUUGCUUUGCAAUAAGCUCUUAUGGAUACGCCAGUGGAUAUAUUUUUAGGCUUGUUAUUAUUGAAUUUUGUUCUACACAUCAGUGGGGUGAUUCAUUUUUCGUAUCAAUUCAAAUGAUUAUAAUAAUUAUGCAAAUACUUUGGUUUUCAUCACGACAAACUUAUGCAUUGGUAUUUUUGGCAUUUUGUUGGACAUUAAGCUGUGCAGUGAUGAAUAACUUCGUUCCGCUGAAUCUGCUUGCAUUGCUUCAGGGCAUUGUUAUUCCAUUUCUGGUCAUGGCCAAAGUUUUACAAAUCCGAGCAAAUUAUCAGGAGCAGAGUACCGGCCAAUUAUCACUGAUAUCCGUAUUUUUCCAGUUCUCAGGUUCUGCUGCUAGAAUAUUUACUUCCUGGAAAGAAACAGGCGAUCAACUCAUCAUUAUGAAUUACCUUAUCAGUGCAGUACUAAAUGGCAUAAUAUUCAGUCAAUUUUUCAUUUACUGGAGCAAUUCGAUGCAGACGAAAAAAACAGCUUGA